CACUUUAUCGCCAUCUGGAAAACACACCGUUACUACCGGUCACAUGGUCACACUCGAUUGUCAUGUAAAUGGUGGCAACCCUCUGGCUACACUAUCCUGGCAAUGCAAGGGGUCACUGAGGAUUGGACAAAAUAAGACCGAUGCCGAUACAGCUUGGUCAAGACUGGUAUUUAAAAUAGACGAAUCAUAUCACCAACAGCAGUGUGUGUGUACUGCAAAGCACGAGGCCAUGCCUAAUUACGGAGUAUUCAGUACAAAGACAGUAUUGUUUGAUGUGAUUUAUCCACCAACAGGGGAAAUCUGGCUGUCUCAAUCUGGAAAUCAGUCCUUUGAGACUGGCACAAAUGUAACUCUUUAUUGUCAAAUAAAUGGAGGUAACCCUUUACUCAGACUAACAUGGCUGUGCAAAGGGCGUCGACUGGCUGGAGUGAAUAUUACCACACGUGAUACAGCCGGGUCCGAACUCUAUUUUGUAGUAGAUACAAGUUAUCACCAGAAAACUUGUGUUUGUACGGCAAGACAUGAGGCAACAGGACAGAUUGACCAAGCUUCCAUCUUGUUUGACAUCCUAUACGGACCAAUCAUUGGUAAUUUCAAAACUGUGGAAUACGUCCAAGAAGGCAAAACAUUCAGCAGAAAAUGUUCCGCUCGAGGAAACCCAAGACCAACGACAUCUUGGUUCCAGGACUCCAAACCUUUGGUGACAGGGAAUAUCAUCGAGUUCCGAAAUAUAACCAGACAAGAUGCGGGGAACUAUAGCUGUACUGCCAUUGUUACACACCCUGAAGUUUCAAAGCGAUCAAAAUUGCUCCAAAUUAUUGUUCAGUGUAGGCAAACCAAUAAUAUUUUGAUUAUUAUAGUCUUAAAUCCGCUGGCAACAGCAUAUGCCUGGUGUUGCUAA